AUGCUACGCUCGUCAAACUUGUGCCGAGUGGCUGUGGGAGCCCGUGCGAAGCACUCACUGGUCGGCGACGACUAUCAGUACCUCGAAAAAUCGGAAAUUCCGUCGUAUCACUUCCAAAAAUCGUUGCGACGUCUUCCGAUUCCGAAACUCGCCGAUACAGUCAAUCGGUAGGGCGUUUUUUAGCCAAAAAAUCAAUGAAUCCUCUCAGAUACCUCGCCGCUUCGAAAGCGGUCCUUUCGCCCGACGCCUUCCAGAAAACCGAGGCCUCAAUUCGGAAUUUCGAGAAAAAUGAGGCGCCAAAGUUGCAAGAAGCACUUCUGGAGUACGAUAAAGCGCAUCGGGACACGAGCUACAUCUCCGAGCCGUGGUUCGACAUGUAUUUGAGGGCGAGAGUGCCCGUGGCCGUCAAUUAUAACCCAUUUAUGAUGUACGCACCCGAUCCGGACCCGAAAUUCAAUGAUCAGGUGCGGAAACGAUAUUGUGUUCGAAAAUUUUGGAAGAAGAUCCGAUUUUUCGUUGCUAGUCUUAUCUGUAGUCUGUCUGACCUCCAUUCACCGAUAAAAACGAAAAGAGGAGAGAGGAAAGAGAGCGCAGAGAGAAAUGGGUAAAUUGUAGUCUUGUGUGUGGGUCUUGGAGGCUAUUCUGUAGCCAAAAUAUAGAAAUUAAAAGAAUUCAUUUAUUCUUUGUGCUUCUGCUUCUUGUAAUGGCUACAUUUUACACUGAAAACUCGAAAAAAAGCUCCGUUUUUCCAGCUGACCCGAGCCACGAACCUCGCGAUUUCGUAUGCGAGAAUCAAGCGAUCACUGGACGAGAAUGUGCUCGCCCCGGAGGUUUUUCACAUGAAUCCCAAGAAAAGCGACACGAAGCUGUUCAGGACCGUCUGCAAGUGAGCAAGAAAUUCGUAAUUUUCAACCACAGUAAUCUCUUGCGUUUCAGGACCCUUCCGCCCAGUCUCUCUUGGUUCGGAGCCGUCGCUUUCAAGGCGUUCCCGCUGGAUAUGUCCCAGUACAAAUCACUGUUUUGUGGAUCGAGAAUUCCGAAAAGAGAAAAGGAUGUGCUCUAUGUGGUACGUCUUUUUAUUGUAAUAAUCUGAAACAGUUCAAUUUUUGCGCAGGACGCCAAACAAAAGCACUUUAUCGCAAUUUACAAGGGAAUUCCGUACGCGGUGCGCAUUUUCGACGAUUCCGGAGCACUUUUGGAGGCGGAAGACGUGCACGCGUCGCUCGCGUGGAUUCUCAAGAACGGAAAAGAGGCAAAGCCGGAGGAGAGCGUCGGUGAGCACUUUCUGGCUUUUUGAGGCCUGGAUCUUUGGCCUACUUGCAAUGAUCCGAUCGGGCCCAAACUUUGCAGGCUUCUCGGACUUGGAUGAAACUAUAUUAGGACCAAGUUUCAGACCGAUCGGAUCAUCCGGUCCCGAGAUAUACUGUUUUGAUUGAGGUCCUUUUGCCGAGCCCUCAUUAGUAUUGCUCUAUUAGACUAUUACAAAACGUUUUCCAGGAGCGCUAACGUCUCUGGACCGAGAUUCGUGGGCCGACGCACGUGUGGAACUCGAAAAUGCCGGAAAUGGAGCACACUUGAAGAAGGUUUCACGAUUUUUUGGAGGUUUUUGAGAAUUUUGAAACAUUCAGAUCGAUGGAGGCCUUUUUGCCAUCUGUUUGGACGAUUUGAAGACGCAGUAUCACAAGAGGUGAAUUUUGAUUUUUAGCUUUGUAAAUUCGUUAAAAUUGUCAGACUGGUGCAAUCGUUGCUGAUCGGAGACGAGGCGCGCAACCGCUGGUUCGACAAGUGCUUCCAGACGAUCGUCGACGCAAACGGACAGGCGACCAUCAACUUCGAGCACUCGUGGGGCGACGGGGUGGCGGUCCUUCGACUGAUGGAGGAGUCCUUCAAAGACACCAAUCGCAACCAUUUCGUUUCUUCGGAAGAUGCUCCGCGAGCCGUCGACCCCGCCCACGUGGAAACGCUCGAGUUCUCGCUCACCGACUCGCUCAAGACGAAAAUUGCGGCGGCGCAGAAGAGCCACGUGGCGGCGAACCGGGACUUGGACUUUGCGACGAUGGAAUUCGAGGGCCUGAACAGAGAUGCGAUCAAGAGGACCAAGUUGUCGCCGGAUUCCGUCAUGCAAUUGGCCAUCCAAAUGGCCUUUUAUUCGCUUUAUAAGGAAUUUGUGCCCACUUACGAGUCGUGCUCGACUGCCGCGUUUUUGAAGGGACGGACGGAGUGUAUGAGGUGAGAAAAGUGGUUUUUAAAUACGUUUUUAAACGGAAAUAUAAACUAUGUUUUUGUGAAUCAAAUACUGUUUCCCAAUUUACUUUUUUGCGCUGUUAUCUUAUCCGACAAUAUUUCCCGAUGUUACAUCGCAUUUCCAUCGAAUCUAAUCUCCUUUUCUUGCAGAUCCGCCACUGCGGCCACCCGCACCGCCACCCUGGCAAUCCUCGAAGAGGGCCGGAAAGACGUGCGGUCGCUGCUGAACGACUGCUCUUCGCAGCACUUCCAACUGGUCAAAGAGGCCUCGAUGGGCCAGGGAUUCGAUCGGCACCUGCUCGGACUGAAGAUCACCGCUCAGAGACUCAACCAGGACACUCCCCAAUUCUUCCAGGUAAAAAUGAUCAUUUUGUAUUCACAAACACAUAGAUCCAUAGAAAAUGCAAUUUUUCUACCUUUGACAGGACGCGGGAUACGCCCGAAUGGGUCAUUUUGUGCUGUCGACGAGCACGCUCAGCACCGAAACCAUCGUUUUCGGAGGAUUCGGACCCGUGGUGGCCGACGGAUUCGGCAUCGGCUACAAUGUGGUCGCCAGCAAGUUGGGCGCCGUCAUUUCCAGCAAUAAGGUGGGAAAGUGUGUGAAAACACGCGUUCAAAACACUGAUGUUGUUCAUUUUUUCGCGCCUAUUCGCUUUUCCCUUGCCCCUUGUCUUUUCUUGUAAGCAGUUUCUCAAUCGUCGCUCGCCCAGGCCUGGGACCAUCCUAAUCUGGCUGAGUUCGAGUGCAGAAUGGGGUGCAUUUCCUAAAUAACCUGGUAUUCUUAAAAGAAAGCCCCCUCCCUUUUCAACAGAGGACAUAUUCCGAGCCGGAGAAAACAUUUCUGAAACAAGUACUGUCGGGCGUUUUUGUAUGUGACUCCUUUUGAAUGUUGCCAUGAAAGUUCCACAAAAAACCGGUUUCACAAUGAAUACAUUUGAAUUUUCAGUCAAAACGCGACGCGGCGGCAUUCUCGGCGGCCCUCCAUAAGAGUUUGGACAUUCUCCGUGGACAUCUCGUGGAAGCCAAGUAG